ACCCAUAUCUUAAAUAAAAAUAAGUUGUAAUGUAAUAAGUUGACGCUACAAAUUGAUCAACGUUCUCAUGACGCAGGUUCAUGGGUUUAACAACAUGACAAAAUCUCUCUUUUAGAGGACCACACUAACGUGAUAAGCAUAAAUUCAUACACACUUAUGCAUACAUAGAUUGGAAAUUAUCUGUGAAUUUGGACGAAUAUGCGAAGAGUCCCGCGGCUGUGUACAUAUUUACAACUAUUAUAUGUUUUGUUUUUUUGUCAUAUAUUUUUCAGAACUGAUUCGAUAAGGAACCUUUGUACCUGAAACUGUCACAAAGCGCGGCGCUUUUGCUUCACAAGACAUUCCAGUAAGAAAAUGAAUAACACAAAUAAAUAUACAUAAAUACCAUCGGUCCUUUUAAAAUCGCAAGUAAAUAUGUAUUCUACGGACAAACGUCGCUCAAAUGUCUUAUAUGCUGCACCCCAGGAGGAAACCCCAGUCAUAGUAAUAGAGGCGAACAGAAAUGUUUGCAAAAAGCGGACUUUUAUUUCCAAGCUGGGAGAUAAAGUACCAGCUCGGCUUGUGCUAUAUUUUCUUUCCUGGUCUGGUUUUCUGGUGUCGUUCGUGAUGCGUAAUGACAUUAAUUUUGCCUUAGUUGCAAUGAUACGACCUGAAAAUAAUACAACCGUCUUUACACCCACUAACUUAACAGACAAUAGGUAUGCUGCAUAUGAAAACACUUCGAUGCCUUUGGGUAAUUCCGAUGGGCUGACGAGUGGAAACAUUUCGAUGUCUUUGCCCUUGGUUGCGGAUAACGCCAGAGCUCCUAGCUACCCGUGGUCCUCUGCCGAUAAAUCCUUGAUUCUAGGUUCCUUUUAUUGGUGUUAUGUGUUAGCACAGGUUGUUGGUGGAGUUGCGACUCAAAUGUUUGGAACAAAGAGUGUUUUUGGAUGGUCUCAGCUGGCCACGGCACUAAGCAGCUUGCUAAUACCUUUGGCUGCCGAUAUACACUACGGAGCUGUAAUUGCUUUACGCUCAAUUCAGGGAUUCGCUUCUGGCCUUACAUGGCCUGCAAUGUAUGCAGUGGUCGGCUAUUGGAUACCUUUGACGGAACGUUCGCGUUUUAUGUCCAGUUUCCAGGGAUUCAGUAUCGGAAUUGGAUUGACAUAUCCACUAUGUGGAUUUCUGAUAAACAAAUUUGGAUGGCCAUAUAUUUUUUAUACCACUGGUAGCUUAGGAGUUACGUGGUGUAUCAUUUGGUAUUUGCUAGCGUACAACACUCCACAGGAGCACCCUCGAAUAACGCAGGAAGAACUUAAUUAUAUUGAACUUAGUGUAAGCGCAGAACUAAGACAAUCGUAUGGCAUGAAAGUGCCAUGGAUGCGAAUAUUUACGUCCAUGCCAGCUUGGGCGAUAGGAAUUACAACGUUCGGACGAAUUUGGAUACAUUACAUAUUCAUUGUGAGCGGACCAACGUUCAUGGAAAAAAUUCUAAAACUAGAAUAUCAAACUAAUGGAUUUUUGUCGGGCAUGCCCUUCAUUUGCUCAUAUUUUUCAUCGGUGUUAUUUUGUUAUAUUGCCGAUAAAAUGUUAUUACAUAAACUGUUUAGUUUAACAAAUGUGAGAAAGCUAUUUACGGCACUAUCACAGGUUAUUCCUGGUCUACUAUUAGCAUGGUUAGGAUAUAUUCAAAACGUAACACUAUUGUUAUUAAUUUGGUUUAUAGCCGUCAUAUUUAUAACGGCAUCCUAUGCAGGAGCUAUGGCAAAUAUUGUUGACUUAUCACCAAAUUUCGCUGGACCUGUUCUAGCAUUUUGUCAGACAGUACAUAUGUCAGCAUCCUUCCUGUCACCACUGGCCGUUGGACAGGUGGUCACAGAUGAGACAUCCAUUGAGCAAUGGCGUACAGUCUUUAUAAUUGCUUCAAUAAUUGGUGGUGCGACCUACGUUGUUUAUCAGAUAUUUGCCACUGCAGAAGUACAGCCUUGGAAUGCCCCGAGACCUGUUAACGAUCAGUUGGAAGAAGAAAGCGAAAUACUAAAAAAUGCGAACGAAGACAUAAAUAUCAUUCCCAAGCCUUAAUGUGACACUACUUUACUAUAUAAAGAAUACAUAUAUGUAUGCCUAUACAUGUAAUUAUACUUAACUUGUUGUAUGUACGUACUUAUACACAAUAGAAAUCGUUACGUUAGUAUUUUGUACAAUAUAGUAAAAUGGAAUGCUAAUAAACUAAAUCACUGGUGCGAAA